AUGUCCACCACAUUAGGGGCAUUCAUCGCCGGUGGUGUUGCGGCUUGUGGUGCAGUCACGGUCACUCAUGGAUUCGAGACGGUCAAGAUUCGUCUACAGUUACAGGGAGAACUCAAAGCCAAAGGGGAAGCUCCUCGGAUGUAUAAGGGUGUACUUCACGGCGUUGGAGUGAUCACGAAGAAUGAAGGCAUAAAAGGGCUACUACGAGGGCUUUCAUGUGCGUAUAUCUAUCAGAUGACUCUGAACGGAUGCCGUUUAGGCUUCUAUGAACCCCUUCGCCAAAGCAUAACGACCCUUAUAUUCCGCGAUCCUACCGUACAGUCCUUUGGCGUAAACAUCUUUUCUGGCGCUGCUUCAGGCAUACUGGGCGCAAUGGCUGGAUCACCAUUCUUCCUCGUGAAAACACGUCUCCAAUCAUAUUCGCCUUUCCUUCCAGUCGGUACACAACAUCAAUACAAGAAUGCAUGGGAUGGCAUGACACAAAUCUACAAAGGCGAAGGCGUGAAAGGUUUGUACCGAGGGGUGGGGCCUGCAAUGAUCCGUACUGGAUUCGGCAGCUCUGUGCAGCUCCCGACCUACUUCUUCGCAAAGAGGCGCUUGGUAAAACAUCUAGGCAUGGAAGAAGGACCAGCUCUGCACCUAGCCAGCAGUACAGCCAGCGGUUUCGUCGUGUGCUGUGUCAUGCAUCCGCCCGACACUGUCAUGUCCCGAAUGUACAACCAGACGGGAAAUCUUUAUAACAGCGCAUUCGACUGUCUAACACGCACGGUAAAGACUGAGGGAGUGUUUUCGUUGUACAAGGGGUUCACGGCGCAUCUGGCUCGGAUAUUGCCGCAUACGAUUCUCACGCUGAGUCUUGCAGAACAGACCAACAAAUGGAUGCGCAAGGUCGAAGAUCGAAUAUUGAGCAAGGAUGUCGAAGAGAAAUUAUAG